CCUGGGAAAUCCACUAACAUGGGGCGAAGCGGCGGCUGCCGUUGCCGCCGCCGCGGCGAUUCCCGGCCGCGAGCACCGCCGCUUCUCUGACGCCCAGCUGGGGCCUUGCCGCCUCCCGCGGCCCGGGUUCCCUCGGCACAGAGUCGCCCGCGCGCCCUCUGCCCGCCCGCCCGCUGGGGCCAUGUGAGGGGGCAGCUCCCUCUGCCGCCGCCUCCUCCUCCUCCCCCGCCCCCCUUCCCUCCCUUCUCGCCCCCCUCGCACAGGGCCCAAAAGGAGCCCCCACUGCCGCCCGCCCUCCCGGCGCAGCCCCCACGAUGGACAGGAACUACGCGACCUCGGGCUUCGCGGACCCACCGCCGCCGCCGCCCGCGCCCCCCCCUGCCCCCGCCAGCGCCGCCGCACAGCCCCCCGCCCCCGCCUGGGCCUACGAACCGGGAGCCGCCGCUGCCGCCGCCAACAGCAGCUGCAGCAGCGGCAGCAGCCCCAGCCUCAAGGCCAGUUUAAGCUAUGAAGAAGGACAUCCCUCACACUCUGAAGCAGAUCUUCUUCAGAGACAGACUUUUGCAGCCUCUCAUCAGCUUCCUGGAUAUGCUACUACACCUCAACCAACUGGUCUUUCUGGAAUAUUUGAUACUAGUGUGAACAGUGCUGCCACUAACACUAAAGAAUCUUCAGUGAUGAAUUUUCUCUCUGCUGUUGAAUCCCGAACUGCUCAGGCCCCUUCUUCAGGAACUGCUCUUUUACCGCAAUUCAGGGCUCCAUCCUGGCAGACAGGUAUGCAUUCCUCAGCAGCAACUGAGCUGUUUGUUACUGGACCUUUGCCAACCACUGGAACACUUCCACCAUCUGCCCUCUCUGCUUAUCAACAUCCCACCACCUUCAGCAAUAGAAACUUUGCUACCACCUCACCUUUGGUCCUUCAGGAUUCAACUUUUAACACUGCAGCAAAUGGAAUUUUAAAUUCCCACGAUCCUUUGCUACAAAUCAAGACUUCCCAGGGAACUGUUCCAACUGCUUUGGCAUUUGAGCGCCUGGGCAGUUCUGCAUUAAGUAACAGCAUACCACCUCAGUCUUCAACAUAUCGUUCAGCUCAAGAAUCUGCACCCCAUCUUUUACAACCUCAAUUUAGUUUGUUGCCUUCAGCACUUGGGGGAGCCCAGCAAACUCCUCAAGCCUACAGUUCAACUCUUUUUACUAGUUCUACUGCUUCCAUUGAAAGAGCUCUUCUUCGAGAAUGUAGUGUUAUUAAACACCAUCAGCGGCCUUCAGGUACCCAGUCUAUUCAGGCACAACUGACUGGUUCACAGCAUUCCUUACAUAAUUAUCUUUCAAAUGCAAGUGUAGGUAAUUUUCAGGAAACAACCAGGCAGUCAUCUUUAUCCUGUAGCUCAAUUGGAGAUUCUACUCAGGUGAGCAAUGGAGGGUUGCAACAGAAGUCCUCCCAGGUCUCAGUGGAACUUGCUCAGUCUUAUUCAUCUGCAAUUCCAUCACCAGAUUAUCCUCCUUCUACUACAAAAGUAAAAAACUGUUCUAUAAAACAACCGCCAAGGUCAACUAAGACCCCCAAACCUCAAAGUAUAAUUCCUCCUGUGCAAACACUAAGCUAUUCCAAACCUUUACAUAACCAGAGUUCUAUAAUAUCGGGCCAAGCACAAAUUUAUUCUACAGCGCAGCUACCAAGCCUUUUAUCAGUUAGUCAGUCCCAAAAUUAUGGUUUAGUACAGCCACAUAAUGUGCCAUCUAUUGUUCAUUCACAGGUUUAUAGGUCCAGCAAGGUUGAGAAGUUGCCAUCCUUAUAUAAAACAUUGACUUUUUCUGGGUCAUCUCAGACUAUAACUUCUGAAAAUCAAACACUUAGUUAUUCUUCUAAUCAACAACAGGUAUUAUCUUCAGUUACAAAUGAGAAUUACCCUGCUCAAACAAGAGAUCUGUCUUCAGUUAGUCAGUCUCAAAGCUAUUCAUCUGGUCACCCUCAGGAUUUAUCACCAGUUAGUCAGUCACAGGUUAAUUAUUCAUCUCAAUCACAAGUUUUGCCAGUUGUUAGUCCUUCAGAAAGCUAUGCUUCAGGGCAGUCCCUAGCAUUAACAGCUUCUUCUCCUUCUUAUUCUUCUGCUCGGGCUCAGAAUUUGCCAUCCUCCAGCCCAGCCCAGAAUUAUAUUUCUAUGCAUUCUUCCCAAAAUGCUCAGACACAAGGGUCUUCAUCUCCCCAGUCCCCAAAAUUUUUGCCUGCUGUCCAGUCAUCAUCAUUUGCAUCCUCUACCCAUUGUCAGACAUUACAGAAUAACAUGCCUUCCCCUGAUCCAAAGUCUUAUUCUGAAAGAAAACUUAACUCAAAUGUGUAUACGUCUUCAAAGCAAGAAAAUGAUUUUCCAGUGCAAGAGUUACAGGUAUUACAGCCACAGACAUCUCUUGAAUCACCAUCCCAAAGGCUGUCUGAUGGAGAAAUUAAUGCUCAAGAAUCAGCUUAUAAGGUAUCAAAGGCAGAUGACAGAUAUUCUCAGGGUGUAAUCAGAAGUAAUUCCCGUCUUGAAGAUCAAGUUGUUGGGAUUGUUCUACAAGGGUCAAAAAAAGAAGAAAGCAUAGUUGGUUCAGUGGCGCAACUUAACCAACAAAUUGGCCAGGUAAAUAAUGCAGCAACCCUUGAUAUUAAGAAGACAACUAAUUUAAUGCAAGCUCCACAGAUAAGGUUGAAUACGAAAGACCUAAACCAGCAGCAUUCGCUUAUCCAUGAGGUACAUGAAGCCAGGAUUCAGGAAGAGCAUGAUCAGAUAAUUAAUGCCUCAUCUCAGAUUCAGAUUCCACCUAAUGCUUUAGGGCAUGGCCAUCAGGUGUCUCUUCCUAAUACACAGGUCCUUUUAGACUCUGCCUGUGACUUACAAAUUCUUCAGCAGUCAAUACUGCAGGCAGGUUUAGGACCAGUAAAGGCAUCUUUACAAGUACCACAUGUUCAAAGUCUUCAGCAAAUAGUGCAUCCUUUCCUUCAAAUGGAUGGUCAUAUUAUUCACAGCAAUGGUGAUCAUUCUCAGCAGCAACUCCAUCCUCAAAAUUCUGAAAUUAUGAAAAUGGAUCUCUCUGAUUCUUCAAAGCCAUUACAACAACAUCUGACAACAAAGGACCAUUUUAAUGAAACAAAUCAAAAUGAUUCAAAGAAUCAGUUUGUUUCUCUUGGAUCAAUAUGUUUUCCAGAGGCAAUGCUUCUCAGUGAUGAAAGAAAUAUUUUAUCAAAUGUAGAUGAUAUCUUAGCAGCUACAGCAGCAGCUUGUGGGGUUACACCUUCUGAUUUUUCCAAGUCAGCUUCAAAUGAAACCAUUCAAGCUGUUGAAGAUGGUGAUGAUUCUAAAUCUCAUUUUCAGCAGUCAUUAGAUUCCAGGCAUGUGACUUCAGAUUUUACCUCCAUAAGAGCUACUGUAGGAAAGCCACAGAAUAUAAGUGAUAUUUCCUUAAAUGGAAGUCAGAUUUCAAUAAACCUUUCACCAGUACUUACCCUUCAGUCAAGAAUAACUCUUGACCAAAAGCACAUUGAAACACCUGGUCGAAAUAUAGCAUCAAAAGUAACUUCACCAGUGAUUGGACCAAGUCAUGAAGGCCAGGAGCAAAGCUCUGGCCCAGUCAAAAAACACUCUGUGACCAAUACUGAAUCUGAAGAAGACAGUGAAGUUCCUGUUGAUAAUACAUUAAAUAAUAACAGAAACCAAGAGUUUGUUUCUAGUAGCAGAAGUAUCAGUGGAGAGAGUGCUGCAUCAGAGAGUGAAUUCACCUUGGGGGGUGAUGACAGUGGUGUGUCAAUGAACCCGACUAGGAGUGCCCCUGCACUGUUGGCUAUGGCCCAACCUGGGGAUUCAGUCAGUGUCAAGAUUGAAGAAGAAAACCAAGAUUUAAUGCAUUUUAACCUUCAGAAGAAAAAAGUUAAAGGAAAAGGGCAAAUUAAAGAGGAAGAUAACAAUAAUCAAAAACAGCUGAAAAGACCUACCCAAGUCAAACGCCAGAAUCCAAGAGGAACGGAUAUAUAUUUACCAUAUACUCCUCCUUCCUCGGAAAGCAGCCAUGAUGGUUAUGAGCAUCAAGAAAAAAUGAGGCAGAAGAUCAAAGAAGUGGAGGAAAAACAACCAGAAGUCAAAACAGGAUUUAUUGCCUCUUUCUUAGAUUUUUUAAAAUCUGGGCCCAAGCAGCAGUUUUCCGCUCUUGCUGUACGAAUGCCUAACAGGACUAGACGACCAGGGGCCCAGAUUGUUCGUACACUGUGUCCCCCACCACUUCCAAAGACUUCAUCUACAACACCCACACCUUUAGUGUCUGAAACUGGGGGUAAUAGUCCUUCAGAAAAAAAUGAUAAUGAAUUGAAAAACUUGGAACAUUUAUCUUCAUUGUCUUCUGAUGAAGAAGAUCCUGGAGUAUGCAGUCAUGAUAUUUACAGAAACAUCUCCACUACUUUAACUGUUUUGGAUACUACUUCUGAUAAAAAGAAGAAAUCAGAAGCCCUACAGGUGACAACUAUCAGCCCAACAGUCAAUACUACUGGUACUGCUACUUCUUCUUCCACCACUGUCGCUGCUGUUAAGCAAGAACCUCUCUACUCUACUUCACCUGCAGCAAAUACUCUGGAAAAUAUAAACUCUGCACAACCCCCAAAGCCCGUUGAACUUGAUGGUCUUCCUUCAGACCAGUUUGCAAAAGGACAGGACACUGUUGCCAUAGAAGGUUAUACAGAUGAGGAGAACACAGAAAGUGGAGGAGAAGGCCAAUACCGAGAACGUGAUGAAUUUGUGGUAAAGAUAGAAGACAUAGAGACUUUUAAGGAGGCUUUAAAAACAGGAAAAGAACCCCCUGCUAUUUGGAAAGUACAAAAAGCUUUAUUACAAAAGUUUGUUCCUGAAAUUCGAGAUGGACAAAGAGAAUUUGCUGCUACAAAUAGUUACCUUGGAUAUUUUGGAGAUGCAAAGAAUAAAUACAAAAGGAUAUAUGUGAAAUUCAUUGAAAACACAAACAAAAAGGAGUAUGUCAGAGUGUGUUCUAAAAAGCCAAGAAAUAAGCCCUCACAAACGAUCAGAACUGUUCAGGCAAAGCCAAGUAGUAGCAGUAAAACUUCUGAUCCUCAAACACUAAAAACUACAGCAACAAAAGCCCCGUCUGUGAAACCUAAAGUUAAACAGCUAAAAGUAAAGGCUGAACCACCACCGAAGAAACGGAAGAAAUGGAAAGAAGAAUUUUCAUCAUCCCAAUCUGACUCAUCUCCUGAAAUACAUUCUAGUAGUAGUGAUGAUGAAGAAUUUGAUCCUCCAGCUCCCUUUGUCACUCGAUUUUUGAACACAAGAGCAAUGAAGGAAACCUUUAAGAGCUACAUGGAAUUGCUUGUUAGCAUUGCCUUGGACCCUGACACAAUGCAAGCAUUAGAGAAGAGCAAUGAUGAGCUACUUUUGCCUCAUAUGAAAAAAAUAGAUGGCAUGCUGAAUGAUAACAGAAAAAGACUUCUUUUGAAUCUUCAUUUGGAUCAGUCAUUCAAGAAUGCUUUGGAAAGUUUUCCUGAACUGACGAUAAUUUCUCGAGACUCUAAAGCAAAAAGUGGGGCAUCUACUAUUUCUAAAAUCAAAAUGAAUGGCAAAACUUAUAAUAAGAAAACUCUAAGGACUUCCAAAACAACUACUAAAUCUGCACAAGAGUUUGCUGUAGAUCCAGAGAAAAUACAGCUGUAUUCUUUGUAUCAUUCACUCCAUCAUUAUAAAUAUCAUGUUUAUCUGAUAUGUAAAGAUGAGAUUUCUUCUGUGCAGAAAAAAAAUGAAGAUUUAGGACAGGAAGAAAUUGUUCAACUUUGUAUGAAAAAUGUAAAAUGGGUAGAGGACCUGUUUGAAAAAUUUGGAGAACUUCUGAAUCAUGUACAACAGAAAUGUUCCUAACAUUUCCACAAAAUCCCAUCUUUUUAUAGCACUAAUGAAAUGGUGGAGGGGGAUGUUCAAAGAGGGGUCUAGGUCGUCAGAUAAUCGGAUGUCAAGCAGCGGUCUCCCUCAGGUGUGCCUGCUUCCGUCAUGGAACUUGCAUCAUGACCUCUGCUAAAGAACAGUGGUGCUGCCAAGGAAGUCAGUCCUUUGGAAAUGAACCUAAAUCCCACCACAUUUUUAUCCUAAUGAAUGAUUUUUCUAUUUACCUUGGGUAACUGAGUUUUAUUUUCAGAAAUGUUUUUGACAAAUGAUGAAGCAUGCACUAAAUAUAAUUUUUCUUUAUUGCUAGAAGAGAACACUUAAGUAAUUCAAUUAUUUUUCCUGACUGACUAAAACAGCAGAAUGAAAGAGAGGUGGCAGAAAGCAUAUAUUUGCAUUUGUAUCUGGCCACAAAACAGAUAGUAUUGUACAUUAGGUAAACAGAUCUGGUGUGAUGUGACAUUCUAUAUGAGAAUAUCACCAAUUUUAAUAUGAUAAUUCAGAAACUGUAUUCUGCUUUACGGACCUUUUACUCUAACAUGUUCAGGAAACUGGAUGUGGAAUUGGUGCAAUUCUAUGACUGCUUUUUGUGUCAAUUUAUAUUAUGAUGAAAAAACAAUGACAUACUAUUUUCCCUAUCUCAAAGAAAAGUAUUUUCCUUUAUACUGUGUUUUUUUUCCUUUGGAAAAAUUUUCAAUUGUACAUUUUAUCUCACUAAUAGUUGUAUUUUUCACAAAGAAAAUAUUGUGGUUAUAAUUAUGUUUGAUGUAUCUGUAAUACACUUUUCAUUAUUUUCAGUAAACCUUACUUAGUUAUAUGUUGAAUUUCUAUUGUAAACUCUAUCUUGAGGUAACCAUUCUUGUUCAUACAGAUUGGCUUCAGUGUUAUCCAGAACACACCUUCAGUACUAGAAUUAGUUUAGCUUUAUAAAUGGGGUUGUGUUAAACACUGCAGUAAUUUUCUAAUUCAUGAAAAUAAAUUUCUUACUAAAAUAGCACUUGAUUAACUGAUUUGUUGAAGUAAAAAAUCUAACCACAUUUUACAUUUUGAAGGAAAUUUGAUAAUUAGACUAUAUGCAGUGUUUAAUACAGCUUACAUAACUCCUAGAACUGGAAGUGGUGCAGCUCUCUUUUUUGGUGCCUUUCUAAUCUUUAUACACACUAUCGUAGCUAUCUUUAGUUUAAUAGUUAGUGCUUCAAGUAGUUUACCAGAGACAGUGAAUGUAUUAGGUUCAACAUGACCUUGUGUUUUAUUUGCGUUUGCCAACAGGAUGCCUUAUUUGUUUGGGAAAAAAGAUUUACUAGUGUCAUUCUAAAUGAUCUCCUUUUUUUAGGAUUCUAAAGAAGUUAUUAAGCAUCAUACGUUUGUUUGUUUUACCACCAUUUAGUGCCUUAAGUCCUAUCAAGAAAGCAAUGUUACUGCUCAGCGCCCAAAUAAGACAUGCUGAUGUGGAUAUUGCUGUUGUCUUGAUAUUGAGUUAACAGGCCAACUUCUUAGACUUAAAACCUCGGUAAACUGGCAGAGAAUUGAAGGUAACAUGUAACUUGAUUUGAGGGGGAAAAAAUUGUAACAUUGGGUGAAAGAUAAGUAUUUGGAUUUGAGUUAUGCUUACAUAUUUAUUUCUGAUGGUUAUCUUAUUAAAAGCAAUAAUCCUUAAUACUUAGAUAAUAAGAUACUCAAUAAUGGAAGUUCUCUCAAGGGUUUAAAUGUCUCUUUUCUGAAAGGUUCUUAAAACUUGCUUGGGCAGCUUUUAUGAAAGCAGAAGUAGCCUAUUAUUAGAAUCAUUUUGCUUAACACAUGUGAGAUGCAGAAUCUCAGCAGUGGGAACAUCAUAAAAUUAAUUUUACUACGUAAAGAAGAGUAGUAAGCAGCCAUAUUUCUUUCUGAUAGUAUUAACUCCGGACAGAAUUGGUUUCCUUUAUUUCCAAGGUGCAGAAUAGAGAACUACAUCUGAUGUAAUAAGUAUAUAUCUUUAUAUUACUUCCCCAGCUUACUUUCCUGAAUGAUUGCUGGUUUAAAUAUUUUUUAAAGCUGCCUUGGAUUUAGGUAACUCUUAAUUAGAUGUUUGAAAUCACUUGCCACAUUUUCAUCACAAUAAGCCCAAUGGAAAAAAAAAAAAGAUGUUUCCUUAAAAUUAAUCUAUUGUUUCCUGUAAAAAUAGCCCAUUUCCUUUUGAUCUGCAGUUACCCUCAAACUGUUUGUGGUUAUAUUCAUGUUAGUAAAACAAGAGUUUGCAUAAUAUUGGGAGCCAAUUCUAUGAUACUACCUUUAGGAGACCUAAUUAGUGUUGCACUGUCUUAUCUCAUUUGGCCCAUAUAACAGGCAUGAAACAUCAACCUCCAGCCCUAGAGAAAAGUAGGACUAUUAUGACAACUAUAUAUGAAUCCUCUCUUUCUAUAAAGCUAAGUAAAUACCUAACUGGUAAGCAAUUACAUCCUGCCAGGGAGUUUGAAAUUUAUGAUACAGAAAUACUUUAGAUUGUAGAUAGAGUUAAAAAGGUAAAGCACAUGUUGCCAAAGCCCAGGAAAACAUUUUUAAGAAAGAUUGGAUUUUCCUAACUACAGAGAUCUGGAAAUAAUUAAAUGUUAAAAAAAAAAAAGAUCAUUGUGUUCAUGUUCAUAUCUAGUUCAGAUAAGUGAAUAGAGAGAGGGCUUCCUUGUUUUUAUUUUCAUUA